AUGGAAUACACAUUCAGGAAUAAAGUAGUUAUAGUGACAGGCGCUAGUUCGGGAAUAGGGGAGCAAAUAGCUUUACUUUUUGCGAAGCACGAAGCGUUAUUGUCUUUGGUUGGGCGUGAUGAGAACAAUCUGAUGGCAGUCGUUGAGCAGUGCGAGGAACUGAGCGGAAGUCGUCCACUGGCCAUCCUGGCUGACUUGGCUACGGAAGAGGGCUGCCAAAGAGUUGCCACGAACACUAUCCUAAACUUUGGACGUAUAGACAUCCUGAUAAACAACGCGGGUAUAAGUUGCCGCUCCACGCUUCAGACGGCAAACAUGGCGGACUUCGAUCAGGUGUUCAACUUGAACGUGCGCAGUGUGUACAACCUCACCCGCCUGGUCGUGCAAGAGAUCAUCAAGACCAAGGGGAACAUCGUGAACAUUUCCAGCAUCUCCGGAACUAAGGUCACGAUCGGGAGUCUGCCUUACAGCAUGACAAAGGCGGCAAUAAACCACUUUACUCGUCUGACUGCGCUGGAGUUGGCGCCGCAUGGAGUCCGCGUCAACGCUGUCUUGCCUGGCUUCACGGUGAGCAGAUUAGUCAUACGUAUGACUAACUACACACAUAAAGAGUACAAAAGUUGGAUAAACGAGGCUAAAUCAGUGGUUCCAAUGGGAGACGUGUGUCUCGGGGAGGACAUAGCUUAUGCCGUCGUACAUUUGGCGAGUGAAUAUAGCCGUUUGGUGACGGGCGCUUUCCUCACUGUGGACGGUGGCGCCCUCUACGGCGAUCUGGGGAACAUUUUGAAGAAACAGCUGGUUCGUGGUUAUGCACAUGCUGUGUAG